UCCCGGAGAAAAAAAACCAAAAAUGGAGGAGACGAAGCCAUUGGGAGGGAAUCAUCCCCAGCAGCAGCAGCAACAACAACAACUCCUUUAUCAACACCAAUUACAACAGCAACAGAGACAACAACAACAGAUGCUUAUGUUGCAGCAGCUGCAGAAACAACAGCAACAAGCGGCGAUGUCUAGGUUCCCGUCAAACAUCGACGUGCAUCUCCGACCCCCUGGGUCAAUCCAGAACCGACCAAUUGUUCAUCCUCAGCAGAACCCUAACCCUAACCCUAAUUUGGGACAGCACACACCGAGUUUUCAGCAGCAGCAGCCACAGCAGCAGAUCGUAUCGAGCCAGCAGAUGCUGCAGCAGCAACAACAACAACAACAGCAGAAAUUGAUGCGUCCUUUGAAUCACAUCGAGCUACAAUUCGCUUAUCAGGACGCUUGGCGUGUCUGCCAUCCAGAUUUCAAGCGACCUUUCUCUUCUCUCGAAGAUGCUUGCGAGAGGUUACUUCCUUAUCAUGUAGUAGCAGAUUACGAAGCAGAAGAGGAUGAUAGAAUCCUUGAUUCAGACCCAACAGGCCAAGCCCUAUCCCGCUCUCAACAAUGGGAUAACAACAUUGCUGCCAAAGUUGCUGAAUUUACAGCAACGUUUGAGAAACAAGCCUUAGCUUUCAACAUUAUAACUCGAAAGCGAGCAAUGGGAGAGUUCAGAUCCGAGGAAAGGUUGAUGGUAGAACAAGCUUUGCUACAAGAAGAGAGGAAGGCGUUGUUUGAACUGAAAGCAGAAAUGGAUAGGGAGAAAGCUGGCCGGGAAGCUCAGGAGGCUAAGCUUAGAAUGGCGGCUUUGGCUCAGGCUGGACAGUCACAAUCCCAUGCCGAGAUAAUGGCUCGUAACCCAUUGAGGGCUAAUGCGGUUGGGAAUCAGGGAAGCAAUAUUCAGCUAAGCCACGAGAUGGGAGAACAAGGACGUAACAUGAACCCUGAUGAGAUGAUGAAUGGAUGGGGAAACAACAGUCAGAGAGAUGAGAAGGAACCUUCAGAAGAUUUCUUGAAUGAUGAGGAGAAUGAGAAUGGAGAGACGGGUGAACAAGAAAACUGGCGUGGAGCAGGAGAAUUCGAUUUGAAUAGCCGGUAAACUACCAAUUUGGGGGACGAUCUGGAAUCUCUUUGAGUUUGAAAAUGGAAAGGAAGUUAUAGUUGCUCUUGAUAUUACUGAAAUAACUAGAUUCAAGCUGCCAUACAUGCCGGGUUCUGAAUUAAGGUCAAGUAUAGGUGUAUGAAUCAGAUCAGAUGGUCACGCUUAAAGCUGAUGCUGGCUCUGUUUCUAGCUGAACCACUAAAUGUGAAUCCAAGUAAGCAUUGCUCAGAAACUUAUCGGUUUUAAUGUUUCUGUACCUUAAGUUAGAUGUGUGUUUAAUUUUUAUCGAUUAGUGUCUUGUGAGGAAUAGAGUUCUUCAUUAUACAUGGAGAUGGAGUGGCUUGUUAUAUAAUAAGCGACUCUUGUAAAAGUUGUAUGAGAUUCAGAUUAUAAAGCUUAUAGUAGCUAAGAUUUCUUCUUUUUGUGUGUGUGUGCAACGUAGCUAAGAUUAUGUAUGUAUAAGUUACUAAUGUAGAUUUGUUUUGGUUAUGUAUGCACUAGUUUCGCGUUGGACAUGUAUGGAUUGAUUGUGUUUUUUUUUUA